ACAUAGACAUCUUCACUCAUCUUAUAUAUUCUCAUAUAUACUAUAUAUACAUAUAUACAUUUGUAUAUACCAAUCUCCUCUCUACGUGUUCGAAUAGAGCAAUAGAUCUCACCACUCUUCACGACAACAAUCUCAUCUCAACUCGGAAAAGUUUAUACUUCGGCAUCUGUCUUAUUAUACACUAAACAAUUAAAAAUGUCGGCCGCCAUCGCUUCCCGAGCUCAAGCACCCCUCUCCACCAUCAUGAGGCAAGCCGUCAAGAGCUUCCGCCAAUCCGCCAGGAUCGUCGAAGGUCCAACUGAAGCUCUUCCUUCCGCCGGUCCGUCCCAACGUGGUGACUGGGGUCGCAUCUUCCGUGCUCGUGCCGGAGUUGCUGCUGUUUACUUCCCAGCUCUCGGUGGUUUCCUCUCAUGGCCCUUAAUCAGCAAGUCCGUCCUCGACGGACACAUGGGACAAUUUUAAUUCGACUUUGUGUUAUUAUCACCACGAUUAUAUAUAUCACAUGGACGAUACAUAUACCAACAAAAACAUACAUUACGACGACGACUAAAUACAUUCACAUCUGUACAUAGAAUCCCCCGCAUCUACAGCACUACAUAAUCUGAACAGGGGCGUUUUCGGUUGACCAGGAAAAAGAAAAACCUGGUGGUUACAUCAUGACAUAAGGGGCGUUCCGGUUUAAUAUCUCAUCAAUUCCAAAUUGGAGAAGCAAAUGGAAAGAAGAGGGAAAUGAUUUAUCUAGAGUCGUACAGCAUCAUCAUCAGUGCAGUACAACACCAUCGAUCGAUCGACUAGCC